AUGGCACCCCCGCGGGACUCAUGGAUGCCCAUUCCGAGCCCUAUGAAGGUGAUUCAGGGCGAAGACAACUCAGGCCGAUGGCAAGACUUCAGCGAGGCUUUCUCAGAUUACGCUCUCGUGGACAGCUUGUACAAGGAGGUCCCAUCGGUGCAGAUGGCGAAGUUUCGGGCCGUCUUCGGCGAGGAAAACCGAACGAUCAUCAGAAACCUUGAAAUCGGUACGCAAGUCAACGACGCAGUGGAUGCGACAGGCCUGAACCCAUGUCAACAACUGAAACUCACGCUGGAAGCCCUCGAGAAAAGAUUCAGGGCGCACCGAAAUAUCAUAUAUCAGCGGUACGUCUUGUACAGAAUGAAACAGAACUUUGGCGAGAUGACGAAGGAUUUCUUCGAACGCGUCAGCAAACAAGUGAAGAGAUGUGACUUUGGAGCCGCAGCGAAACAAACGCUCCGGGACAUUCUCGUGCUCGGAACGGCAUACCCGAAAGCACAAGAGGCAUGCUUCCGAGAGUCCCACGCGAAACUAGACGCCCAGCGAGCCCUACAAAUAAUCGAAAUGUGUGAAGAUAACGAGAGAACCGUCAAAAACAUCCAAGUGUUGAAAUCUGUCUUCCCCGUGAUCGUUGUCACUACGCUUAGCUAG